AACCACAAAGAACACCAUGCCCUGUCCAAACGGUGUGAAGUACGUUCAGCGUGGAGAAAAGAUUAGUCUGAGUUGCUCAAUUUCAUCAGUUGAUGCAUCGGCGACUGCAUGGUUUAAACAGACUCCAGGAGAGAAUCCUCUACUCAUAGCAUCGGCUUAUCACACUGCACAACUUACAUAUCAUAACGGAUUUGAUAAGAGCGGCCGCUUUAAUGCAGUAAAAGACCAGAACAGUUUUAAUCUGAAAAUCUCCAACGCAGAACCAUCUGAUUCAGCUUCAUACUACUGCGUUAUUACAUAUUAUUCAGCUGUAGCUUUAUUCCACUGCACAGUUCUAGUCCUCAAAGAUGCACCUUCAAGUCUCUACACUGUUCUCCAGCCUCCCGUAUCAGAUCCAGUUCAACUGGGAGAAGCUACAACUCUGCAGUGUUCAAUACUCACAAAUAACUCUGCAGGAGAUCACAGUGUGUACUGGUUCAGACACGGAUCAGGAGAAUCUGAUCCAGGAAUCAUCUUCACUCAUGGAAACAGGAGUGAUCAGUGUAAGAAAAGCUCUGAGACUGUUUCUCCUACACAGAGCUGUAUCUACAAACUCCCCAAGAACAACCUCAGCCUCUCUGAUGCUGGAACUUACUACUGUGCUGUAGCUGCAUGUGGACACAUCUUCUUUGGGAAUGGAACCAAACUGGACUUUGCGGGGGUGCCAAACUUUUUUCAUACCACUAUGUGUUUACAUACAUUUGACAGAUUUCCAUUUAAUAAUGAAUCAAUAUUAUUUGCUUUUUUUUUUAUAGAGAACAGAUUUUUGGACCCAAUUAUUAUUGUUUUAGCAGCAACAAACAUCAUGUCCCUGGCUGUGAUUUUAUUUUUGUGCAGAAAGUUACGCAACAGUCAUCAGACAGAUGUUGCUGAAGGUCAAGCUCAAGUACACAAGACUGAAGAUCUGAACUACGCAGCUCUCAGCUUUACUCAGCCUCCCUCCUCAAGAAGAAGCAGAACAAAGAACAGCGAUGAUCAGUCUGUGUACUCACAUGUAAAGAUCCGUCAUUAGAAAAACAAAGCGUUUUAAAAUUACAUCUGAAAGUACAUUCAUUGUACCUAUUUCACAAGAAAUCUUCAUUUAAUAAAUGUAUGUAUUAAAGCUCCACUAGGUAGGAUUGAGAUUUUGUACCUGUGGGCUCCCUCUACAGUUGUAGAGUAUAAUGAAUGUUUCAGGCGGAUUAGUUUCUCUUUCUCGUUUUCUGGCUUUCACAGACAUAUUCGGUCUCUUUCCAGCUUCUGUCAGAGUGUCUGUAUGUUAGUUUGUAAAGAAUGAAGCAGUAAUCCUUGUAGAACUGUUAGAACUAAAGGUUGGAAAGCAGGUCGCAGUUCUAGCGAGCGUUGGUAGCGGCCAGCUCGGAUAACAUACAGAGUCUGAUUUGAGCUCAGAGGACAGGUAAAAACAUCUUGUUUAAUUUUCCUUUAUUUAGCUUCACAUUGUAUUUUACCAUUUCAGAAUGUUUUGUUAUUUUCAUUUGCAUGUUUUUGUCAUUGUAUGAUAUUAUGUAUGCCAACCUUAAAAUAUAUCUGGAGUGAUGCAACAUCUGCAGUGUUGAACGAGAAAA